UUAAUUACCACCAAUAAUCAUCAACGCAGUCAUCAUACAAAUAAUGAUGAUGAAACUGAAGAAGAAGAAGAAGAAGAUGUUGAUGAACAAAAUGAUGUCAAGAAUAGAACUGAUGCAAUGAAAGUUGAUGAUAGUGAUGAUGAUGGUGAUGAUAAAAUUCUUGAUGAUAAAAAUGUUGUUGAUGAUUCUUUAGUCGAAAAUAACAACAAAAAUAUCGACAACAAUCUUGUGAUUGAUAAUGAAAAUUGUAGUGAUACAAUUCAAGCAUCAUCAACGAAUAAAGUGCAACAGCCAACAACAACAACAACAACAACAACUUCACAUGGAAAACGAGAUUCAAAUAAUUCCGAUAAUGAUUGUGAUCAACAACAACAACAACAACAAAAUCGUCAUCAAAAAUCAUCAAUAAAAUCUGAUGAUGAAUCGAUUACAACUAAAUCGAUAAAACAAAAUAAAAAAUUAUCCAGUGAUAAUAAUAAACGAGUCAAAUUAGAUCAAAUCGUUAAUAAUCGUUCAUCAUCAUCAUCAUUAAAUCAACAACAACAACAAACAAUAUCAUCAUUUGAAUUACCGGUGAAUAAUGUUAAUGAUAAUAAUAUUGUUGUUGAUGUAGCCGAAUUGGCUCGUUUAAAAGCUGCCAAAUUUAUACAGGAACGUACAAAAAUGGCUUGUAUGUUACCACCGUCAUCAUCCGCAUCAUCUCCUGAUGGACGUUCAUCAUCAACAAAUCUUUUAUUUUCUUCUUCUUCAUCGUCAUCAAUUCAUUCCAAUUCCACUUCUUCUUCUUCUGGUCAACAAUCAUCAUCAUCAUCAUCAUCAAGAAAACGUAAAUUAACCGUCAAAGAUAUAUUGGUCUCACAAAGAAAUCGUAAUCAAGAUCAAAUAAAUCUUGUUCAUAAUAAACAUCAUCGUAUACAUAGUAAUAUUGUUGAUAAUAAUAAUCCGAAUCUUCAAUCACAAACGCAACCAUUUGGUGCGGCUGCUGGUCUUCAUGGUUUGACCAGUCAAAUGUUUGGACCAUUAGCCGGAAUACUUGAUCCAGCAACAGCAAGUAUGUUACCACCAUCAUCAUCAUCAUCAUCAUUGAAUGAUCCAAAUUCAAAUCCAUUUGCAACUAUUUCAGCAGCAUUAGCUGCUGCAACAAAUUCUGGUAAUAAUACCGGUAUAAUAACUGAUCAACAACAACAACAAUCAGCACAUGCUUACAUAUCACAACUUGCCUCAACACUUUCAUCAACAAAUUUACAAACAACAAAUCCAACUGCUGCAUUUGCUUUGAUGGCAUCAAUUAGUGCAAUGAUGCAACAACAACAACAACAACAACAACAGAAUCAUCAACAGAAUUCAUCAAAUAAAGAAUUAGAUCAUCAUCAACAAUCGACAUUAUCAAAUUCUUCAGCUAAUAAUAAUAAUCCAUUAAGUCAAUUAACAAAUUCAUUGGUUAGUCUUGAAUCAACAUUAUCAUCAUCAGCCAAUAAUAAUAAUAAUGAACAACAAAAUUCUAAUCAAAAUGAUAUUGGUCACAGUGAAAAUGUUGAUGAUAAACUAAACGAUGGACCAAUGGAUUUUAGUUUUAAAAAUUCAAAAAGUCCUGAAUUGACAAAAAAUUCCAAUUCAAAACGUAAAUCGAAAAAGAAUUUUUUAAAUACUAUUGAUAAUAGCAAUAAAUCAUCAAAUGAAGAUGUAGAAUUUCCACUUGAUCUUUCGAUUCCUCAUAAACCUAAAUUAUCAUUAUCAUCAACUGAUCAUGAAAUAUUUAUAGAAAAUAUGGCUAAAUUAUCAAAAAAUAAUCCAUUAUCAUCAUUAGUAUCACAAGUAUCCGGUUUGAUUGAUAGUCAUGGAUCAUUAUCAUCAUCAUCAUCAUCUGGUCAUGGUCAUAGUUCAAAUGUUAGUGGAACAAAUCAAGAUCAAACGAAUUUUGCAGCAAUGGCAGCUGCUGCUGCUGCAGCAGCGGCAGCCGCAGCAUCAUUUUCACCAAAUAUUCUGACAAGAAUGGCCGCAUCAAUGGCAGCAGCUGGUGCAAAUAAUCCAUGGUCACAAUAUGGAUCAUUACAACAAGGUCUAAAUCCGGGUAAAUUGGCACAAAAUGAUGCAGUAAAUUUGCAAGCAUUUGAAGCAUUAAUUCAACAAGUCGCAGGCAAUCAACAAACUCAACAACCCCCACCGCCACCACCACCGAUCAAUUCACCGAGUCCUUCAUUGAUGAAUAAUAAAUCUUCUAAUCAACAACAACAGAAUCAAUUAUUGAAUGCAAACAUAUUGUUUCAACAAUCAUUUCCUGAUCUCUAUUCAUGGAACAACGGAAAAGUUUCAAAAUCAUCGACACCAUCGCCAUCUUUUGGUCCAUUAACGAGUCCAACUUAUACAUCAUCACGGCAUCAUCUUCAUCCACCACCACCGGCUGCAUCACAACCAAUGCGAACAAAAUCCAGUAGUGGUCGACAGAAUCCAUGGCAAGCACAAUGGAUUAAUCGAUCUAGUGAACAAACAAGAGAUGUAUUUACCUGUGUUUGGUGUAAAGAAUCAUUUAAAUCAUUAGCCGAAAUGACUGAUCAUAUGAAACGUUCACCACGUUGUGGUAUGGCAGGUAUGCAACAACAUCAUGGUGCUAAUAGUGGUGGAAGUAGUGUAUCUAGUACCGGAUCAAAUUCUAAUAGCGGUCAUCAUCAACCAUCGACAGCAACGACAACAACAUCAUCUUCAUCAUCACAACAUCAGCAACAACAAUCUUCCAAUUCUGGUCAUCACAAUAAUCAUCAUCAUCAUCAUCAUCAACAGCAGCAACCAAUUCCUAGUAAUGUUUUGCCAUCUGGUGGUAAUAAAUCAGGAAUUUCAUCCAUAUCAACAUCAUUAUCACCAUCAUCAUCAUCAUCAUCAAUGAAUUCACCAUCAAUAUCCGGUAAUCAUAAAGAUGUUAAUAAUACAAAUAAUGUAUUUACAUCAAAUACUAAUACAUCAACUACAAACAAUAACAACAACACGACGACUACGAAUAAAUCUUCGACAACAACAACAACAACAACUGCUGCGGCUGCAGCCGCAAUUGCAGCUGCCGUAUCCGCCGCAUCAUCUUCUGCGAUGACUACCACGUCAUCAUCAUCAACAACAACAACAACGUCGUCAUCAUCAUCAUCAGGUGCUGUAAAUAUGCCAAGAAAAUUAGUUCGUGGUCAAGAUGUUUGGCUUGGUAGAGGUGCUGAACAAACUAGACAAAUUUUAAAAUGUAUGUGGUGUGGCCAAUCAUUUAAAUCAUUAGCCGAUAUGACUCAGCAUAUGAAAGUUACACAACAUUAUACAAAUAUCAUAUCACAAGAACAAAUUAUUUCCUGGCGAAAUCCUGAAGAAUCAUCAUCAUCAUCAUCAAAAUCUCAACAACAACAACAACAACAGCCACAACAACAACAACAACAAUCACAACAACAACAAGUGUUAACAUGUAAAGUUUGUGAUGAAUCAUUUCAAACAUUAAAAGAAUUAUCAAAUCAUAUGGUUAAAAAUUCACAUUUUAAAGAUCAAAAUUCAGAUUGUAUGGCAAUGUCACCACAAAGUAAUACUAAUAAUGCUGCUUCUGCUAAUACUACAACUUCUGGUAAAUCAUCAUCAAAUAACCGUAAUCAAUCCGGUAAUCAUGAUCGACGAAAAAAAUCAUUACCCGUACGGAAAUUAUUAGAAAUGGAACGUGUUAAUGAAAAAAAAUCCACCAAUUAUGAUGAUGAUGAUGAUGAUGAUCAGGAUGAUAAUGAUGGUGAGGAUGAUGAUAAUGUUGAUGCCGAUAAUGAUGAUAAUAAUAAUGACGAUGAUGAUGAUAAUCGAUCAGGUAUGGAUAAUUCAGAAAAAUCAAUUGGACAAUUGAUUGAAUGUGAUGAUUGUCAUGAAAAGAUUGAAGCUCGCUAUUUUUUACAACAUAUCAAACAAUGUCGAUCAAAAUCAUCGAUAAGUGCUUCCAAUAAUAAUAAUAAUAAUAGGAAAAAUAUUUGUGAUCAUUCGAUGAAAAAUGGUGGCGGUGGUUGUGGCAGUCAAAAAAGUGAUUCAGAAAGUGAAUCAUCCGAUCGUCAUUCACAUCUAUCAACAACAUCAAAUAAUCUAAUUUCUUUUGAUCCAUUGAUUGGAAGAAAUUUAAAAAAAUCAAUUAUUGAUGAUAAUAAUGGAUCAGAAAUGGAUGAUAAUGAUGAUCAUCAUUUAGAUAAUGAUGAUUCUGAACGUAAUACACCGGUUACAAAUCAAAAUGAUGAUAAUACUGGUGGAAAUGUAUUGAGUGCAUUAGAAAAAUUGAUUGAAAAAAACUUUGAUACAAAAUCAAGAAGAUCUCAACAAACAGGUAUACUUCAACGUCUUGGUAUUGAUGAAGAAGUAUUUCCGCCAUGGCAAAAUAUGGCACCUAGUCCUAUUUCACCUGCAUCAAUGAUGGCUGUUGCUGCUGCAGCAUGGAAUCCAACAAACGGUGGUCUUGUUGGUGAUUAUUCUCGUAGUAGUAGUAGUAAUAGUAAUCAUAGUAGUAAUCAUCAUCGUGGUUUUAUGAAUUCUGGUGGUGGUGGAAAUUCAUCAACCAUGGUAAUACCACAGUUAAGAUAUCGUCGUAAUUCAUCAUCAAAUCAUUCAUUUAAAGAUAAAUAUAUUAAUGCAGCUGCAUUAUGUAAAACAAUUACCACCGAAAGUAAUGGAUCAUUUAGUUCACAAGAAACUGAAGAAGAAUCAUGUGAUGAUUCAAAUUCUGAAUAUGGUACUAAUAAUAAUCUAACUAAAUCUAAUAAACGAAAAAAAAAUCAUUGUUCACCAUCACAACAAACUGGAAAAUCACCAAAUAGUGGUAAUAAUCGUAGUAAUCUUAAUUUUCCAAUAUCAUCAAUGUUAAGUUCACCUAUACCACCAGUACGUCCACAAUCAGCUUCAUCAACAGCAUCAUCAUCAAUAUCACCAUCUGAAACACAAUCAAUUAAUACAUUAGUAAAUCCAAAUACAAGUGCUGAUCUAUUAAAUCGUUUAACACCGAAUAGUCAUCGUAGUGAAACAGAUGAUGAUCAAGAUCAAAGUCCAUUGAAUUUAUUUAAAAAAGCUAAAUUAAUUAAUGGUACAACCACCACUACCAACAACAACGAUAAUGAUACUGAUGAUGAAGAUGGUGAUGGUGAUAAUUUAUCAUCAAAAAAUGGUGAUACAACAAAAAGUGGUUCACAUCAUCCACUGAUGCAAUUGCAAAAAUUAUUAGAUAAAACUGAUAAUAAUGGUAGAAGGAAAAAUUCAUCUCAUCAUCAUCAUCACCAACAUCAUCAACAAAAUAAUCAUCGAUCAUCACCAUUUAAUCAUAAUAAUUGGAAUGAUUCGUCAAGUGUACGAUCACCAGCUGGAUCAUCAUCUGAACGAUCUCCGCGAUCAACACCAAAUUUUAUUGGAUCACCAUCAUCAAUAAAAUCAUCAACCGAACAAGAUUUAUCAACAACAACAACAACACCAUCUAGUUAUUUACAAAUGAAAUGUGCAUUUUGUUCAACACCAAUAUCAUCACGUAAUGAAUAUAGAUUACAUUUAGCUAAAAUACAUUUAUCAAUGCGUGAUUCAUCAACAGAUAUUUCAUCAAUAUCGGAUGAAGAAUUAUUACUUUUAGUAUUGGCUAAAAGUUCAAAUCUACCAUUGGUUACUGCUAAUUUAACAGCGGGAAAAAAUUCAAUGAAUACUUCAUCACCAUCAUCAUCAACUACGACAAAAUCAACCAAAGAAUCAAGACGAAAAUCAUCACGUACAUCAUCAUCAUCAUCCACACAUAAUAAUAACGCACAUGAUAUGGAUGCUGAAAUGGCAAAUGUUGCUGCUGCAGCAGUAGCUGCUGCAAAAUCAACCACAUCAACAUCAUCAUCAUCAUCACCACCGAUCGAAACAUCACAAUCAAAAUUUUUAAAAUAUACAGAAUUAGCUAAACAAUUAUCAAGUAAAUAUGUUAAGUAAACCACAAAAACCUAAAAUUAUCAAUUUUUUUUAAAUGAAAUUCCAUUCGAAAACAUUCCAAACAAAA